GCGUGUUUAUCGAUAGGCAUUGUUUUGGUUUUGGUUGUUCUCGGCAUAAAAAACAUAUUUUUCAUGCGGAUUUUAAGACAACGGUGCGCAGACAUACUAAAUCGUCGGCGAUUUAACCACUGUAAACAAUUCUCGUGGCUGUCGAAAAUGCAAAGCCCCAAAUGCGUGCAAAAUGCGCAGACCCAACACGGAGAUGCCUCAUCGGUGGACGUGGAGAAUAUAUUUCUGCACCGCUUCAUGCUGUCCAUGUCCACUAGCACUAGCGCGAUCUUGGGGUCUAAUGAUACGGCCACAGAUCCAGCUGACAACACAGAUCCCCCGGUAAUGUUAUCAGAAGAAAAACCUGUAGUAGCACAUUUGCCGGAAAAACGCAAGGCUAAAACCUCCGAUGACGAAAGCAAUGUGAAAAAAGUUAAAUUGGAUGCCAAUGGGCUUAAGACCAAGCGUCCCGGAUUCAAUGAUGAAAGAUACGAAGAAACAUCGUAUUAUUUUGAAAAUGGUCUUAGAAAGGUGUAUCCCUAUUUUUUCACAUUCACUACGUUCGCCAAAGGCCGUUGGGUUGACGAGAAAAUUCUGGACGUGUUUGUCCGUGAAUUUCGAGCUGCUCCACCCGAAGAGUACGAGCGCAGCCUGGAAGCUGGAAAAUUGACCGUCAAUUACGAAAAGGUUCCCAAGGACUAUAGAAUCAAACACAAUGACCUGCUAGCCAAUGUCGUUCAUAGACACGAAGUCCCUGUUACUUCACAGCCCAUCAAGGUAGUCUUUAUGGACAAGGAUAUUGUGGUUGUAAAUAAGCCUGCUUCCAUACCAGUACAUCCGUGUGGGCGAUACAGACAUAAUACCGUGGUCUUUAUCCUGGCCAAGGAGCACAAUCUAAAGAACCUGCGCACAAUUCACAGGCUAGACCGACUGACAUCUGGUCUUCUUUUGUUUGGUCGCACUGCCGAAAAAGCCCGAGCAUUGGAACUGCAGAUCAGAACUAGACAAGUGCAAAAGGAAUACGUGUGCCGAGUAGAGGGUCGCUUUCCGGAUGGAAUAGUUGAAUGCAAUGAGAAGAUAGACGUUGUGAGCUACAAAAUCGGUGUUUGUAAGGUUUCACCAAAAGGCAAGGACUGUAAAACGACAUUUCAAAAAAUUGGUGAAGUGGGCGAUGAAAGCAUUGUUUUAUGCAAGCCACUUACAGGUCGAAUGCACCAGAUAAGAGUGCAUUUGCAAUUUUUAGGUUAUCCCAUUUCAAAUGACCCCCUAUACAAUCAUGAAGUUUUUGGUCCAUUAAAAGGGCGAGGAGGAGACAUCGGGGGAAUAACACAAGAACAAUUGAUCACUAACCUAAUAACCAUUCAUAAUGCUGAAAACUGGUUGGGUCUUGAAGGAGAACAAGUCGCGCCGACGGAAAUCAAAGGUGAAUUAAAAACUACUUCAGUAGUGGAAGUACCAAUAGAAGCCACUAAGCCUAUGAUUUCAGCAACAAAUGAACCAAUCAAUGAAGCUUCCACUCAAACUUGCUAUGAAGAACCAGACAGGUCCUUUGAUUUCAAAAAGGCUACUUCUGAUCCGCAUUGUUCUGAGUGCAAAGUAAACUACCGAGACCCCGGCGCAAAGGAUCUAAUCAUGUUUCUGCAUGCUUGGAAAUAUAGGGGUGUCGAUUGGGAAUACAAAACAGAACUACCGGACUGGGCUUGUAAAUCGACCAUUAAUUAUGAUCACUUGUGA